AAUUAGAAGCGCCUCAAACGAGAAAGCAGCGCGAGGGCAGUGCCGAUCUCCCGCUAUCAGAUUAGACAGCAGCUCCUUUCCAUCACUGCCGCUCUUUUCCCUCUUCACUCCCACAAAAACUACCCCUGCUCAAUCGCUGUCUCUCCGCUCUUUAAUUUUCCCCUAAUUUUCCACUUAAAACCCUUUCGUCAGGUCCCCCACCAUCUCCCUGCCUCCUUCGCCCGCCCUGUCCCUUUACAGCUCAACGCGCCAGCCUUGACAUGUCCGUUGCUGUCCCCCCACCAAUCCUCCUCGCCACUAGACCGACUAUCAUGUCCAAGCCUUCCGCACCACGUAUUCAGUCUCGCCCAUCCCCAUCGUCCACUUCAUCCUUGUCAACGCGCCCCGUGGCAGCCAAGUCGACCCAAUCACCUCUCAACUCUGCCAUCAGCUCCGGUUCUACACCGAAGGUCGCAGUCAAAUCUGUUGCAACCAACAUCCCUACUUCAGCACGUCCAUCACCUGCUCCGCGUGCCAACUCUUCUUCCUCAACCUCCACUGCCGUAGCAGCCACCCCUAUCAUGGGCAAGGAUACGUCAUCCUCUGCUGGGAAAAUUUUUGCAAAGCCAAGCAAGGAGUGGGUGCUCCCAGAAAGGGCAAAACCAGGUCGAAAAGUCAGCAACGAUGAGCCAGACAACAAACGCCAGUCGCAAAAUCGGCUUUCUCAGCGGGCGCACCGCGCGCGUCGGACCGACUACAUCCAAACCCUCGAAGAACGUCUACGCCAAUACGAGGCCGACGAAAUCCAUUCUAACGUUCGUCUUCAAGAAGUGGCACGAGCUCUCAAGGCAGACAAUGAGAGGCUCAAGGCUGAAGUCAAUGAAUUGAAGAAUAAGUGCAUGGAGUAUAACGGGGAGAAGGAUGUCUGGGAGAUGGAACGCAGGACAUUGAAGGAGGCUGUGCGAGACAUGCGCAUCGAAAUUGAGGCUCUCAGAGCUGGAAGUGGAAUGGAAACCAUUGUGAGAAUGGAUAUUGACCAGUCAACAAUAGAUAGCCUUGUCCCUGGCCCAAGCAUACCUCGACGUCAAAGCGCACAUCGAUUAUCCCCCAGGAGUGCCAGUCGACCUGGAAACGUGACUCUUCAAGAUUGCCCUAUUUGCCCAAAUCCUGAUCCAGACUGUCCUUGCCAACGACCCCAUGCUCGUCAGGAGCAGUACCCACCAGAGCAUCUUACACUCGCCCCAUCUGCGGCCGAGGACCAUGCGGUCGCAUGCGGAUUAUGUCAUUCGACCGAUGAAUGUCUCUGCCGAGCUGUUGACGAGGACGUCAAGCCAGACAUCUCUUCGCCCAGUCAUGACCUUAAAACGCUAGACGAUGACAGAUGUGGCCUGUGCACUGGUGGCGAUUUUUGUGCCUGUCGAGAGGCGGCGGCGGCGGCGAGUGUGAGAACAUCUGUCACAUCAGAUACUAAGACAACAGUGGCAACGACCACUGCCGUUUCAGGGAUUGUCACUGCAUCGUCUUCCUCAGCCGCCCUGCCACUUAGGCUUCGUACGAAGGGCAAUGGAUCAGCUAAGGCUUCCAUAUGGUCUCUCAAUGCGGCUCCUGCAGUUUCGCGAGAGGCAAUAUGUACUGGUGACCCAUCCAAUUGCGAUGCAUGUCGCGACGAUUCAUUCGGCCGUGAAUUUUGUCAACAUUUGUUCGAAGCUGCCGAAUCGUCUUCCUCCGUAAAGCCCUGUUCAUCAUGCCCAGGAAAUUGCAUGAACGUCAAGGCUGGCCUUUCACCAUCUCCGGGUAUUACCCAAGCAUCUUCGUCGUCCUCAAACCAAAUUCGUACACCGCCAACCCCGCCCGUUAAUCAACCUUCAGCGGUGGAGGAUGACACACCGCUUGCACCUCUUCAAAUGGUUUGCUGUGGUAAUGCCGAAUUGUGUGGCGGUUCUCGAGGAGGGGGAUGUACUGACGAUAUCAUUGGUAUCGGUGGACCCUCUGGGGCUUUACAAGCUUCAAUGUCUUUCCCUUCCGUACCCGAGGUAGACGAAGAUGACAAUGCCACCCUCAGGCCAGAUCAAGCCUGGAAGCAACUCAAGGCACAUCCUAAUGCGAAGUUUGCCUCACUUGCCCUUCUAGCAGAUGUUGUCGCUCGCAGAACAAAGUGCCUUGGGCCGCGCGUGGAAAUGAGCCCAACGCCAGCUAGUCCUGCGCCGACCGUCAGUGUCCCUAUGUCAGUUCCUGUCAUUGCCCAUUCGGCGUCUUCGCGCCCGCGUCAGCCGAUGUUAGGCUCGCCAGAUAUCCCUAAUACUCAGCAAAAACGGAGGAAUAUUGAGGUAGAAACGUCGGCAGUACGAGAUGCUCUCAAGUUACUGGACAAGGCAACGCCCGCUCCUUCUCCAGAGCCUGACAGAGAAUUGAAGAGACGGAGAAUUGAGCGAAUCCUGUGAGGAACAGGAGGGGGAUGAAUUCAAAGGCGUUGCACGGAUCAACACCUUGUGAUAACUGCCUAACCGGUGAGAAUAGAGGAUAGCCAUAGGCAGAUAGCAAUGGUAUGCAGGUUAGAUGUACAAUAAGUAUCUGUUUUCCUACUUUCUUAAUUCCUCUGCUUUGUUGGCAGACAUGUCAUGCAUACCUGAUGUAUCGU